CAGUUGACUUGAAAGUCAGUUUUGUUUUCUUACCCUUCCUUCGUUUCGGUCGUUUCGGUGCGUGUUCUGACCUCUGCUUGCAGUGGUGAAGUAAUUUUUUGCAUUGCGUUUCCUACGGAUUCCUUUUAUCCGAAAAAUAGUUGCAAUUAAAAUUUGCUCCUCUACGAACGGAACAUCCGGUAGUUUUUUCCGUCUGUGUUUAAAGUGGAUAGUGUUUUUCUGCUCUCGCUUAUUGCGGAGACGUGCUUGCGGUGUUUAUCCACAAAACCGAUCCUCGUGGUUUUUUGUUUUCUGCUUCUGUCAGAAAAUGCUCUCGGCUGUUCCGCGAUGGGCGCGUGUGUCCGCGGCGGUGCUCGCGGUGGGUGUCGGUUCCGAAGUGUUGUACGAGCUGUAUGCCCUCUGGAGGGCCGCUUUGGCCCGGCGCCGGGCCCGACAGCGUGCACUUUGCCAGCUGACCGAGGUCUACUUCGCGAACGAACGAAGCUGCCAACCGAACGAACCGGGUACGACGAUGGCCAGCUUCACCACGGAACAUGUGCGGCGGCUCGUGGCCCUUCUCGAUCGGGCUCAGGUUUCGAUAAAUCUGUGCAUGUACAUCGUGACGGUUGACAGUAUCGGGGAAGCGGUACUGCGGGCCGCGAAACGAGGCGUUCGGGUUCGGGUCGUCGGGUGCUCGUCGAUGGCGUACAGUUCCGGAUCGCAAAUGUCCAGAUUGGUGCAAGGAGGAAUCCCAGUGCGUUUCAACCAGAAGAAUGCCGCCUAUCUGAUGCACCACAAGUUCUGCCUGAUCGAUUCCGACUGGCUGUGUCCCCGGUGCUAUCACAGUGAAAGAGUGCGCAAAUCUGGAUUCUGCUGUGGUGUACCCAGCCCGCUUCCGGCCGGUGGUGUUGUGGCCAAUGGCAAUGGCAGUGGGACUGCCAGUCCCACUGCCGGCGGUAGCAAAGUGCCCUGUGUCGAUGAUGGUUCCCGGUGUGUGCGCUGCGAUCGGCAGCAGAAGAGGGAGGUGGAAGAGCGCAAGCUGCAGGGAGUGGCCAACGAGCCACUUCCGCUGGGGGGUGUAGUGAUCAGUGGGUCCACCAACUGGACCAUGCAGGCGCUGUCAAGCAAUUGGGAUAAUAUGGUGUUGAGCUCGUUGCCAGAGCUGGUCAUACCGUUUCAGAUGGAGUUUCAGCGUCUGUGGAAGGAGUUUGGCCGGCUGCCCGCGUUGAUGACCGCGGAUCCGGCCACUGCCACGGGUGCCGCCGCCGUUUCGGAUGCCCAAACGUAGACGAGUGUCGGCGUUUUUGCAGACAAUAAGGGCUCUUGACUUCAAUAUGUUAUACAUACCAUGCAUUUAAACCAACAGUCAAGUAAAGGAAAAUCAUCUGACGAAACUGAACUUCGAUCAGCAGUCAAACGCUACUAAAGGUACUUUUAAAUGGCCGUUUCUUCUCAGAUGGAUUAAAAAUAAUAUUACCACAACAAUAACAGUGUUCGUUAUACAAAACUUAAUGUUAGACUUUCGCGCAGAGAUUUAAACUUCCUCGAAUAAUAUUAUAUAAAAAAAAGAUUUCAAAGAAAUGCGAAUUUAAAAUGUUGAUCUGUUAGAAAAUAUAUUCUAGAGUAGAUGUUAAAUGUAACAAGUAACGACAACAGACCAAGUGUUUAGAAUAUGAGUAAUAAAGAAUUUC